CUCAGCCGGGCGCCGACCAAUGGUGAGCGAGCACCGUGGAGAGUAACGCUGAGAGAAGCUGGGAGUGAAGACACUGCGUAUCGCCUCACUCCAGCCAGCCAUUGCCAGCAUUUGACAAGCCAGCCUCGGUCUUCUGAUUUUUGCGUGUUAGGUGUUUUACGCGGCCAGGAUGAGGAAAGAUCCCUCCAAACCAAGGGGCAAGAUGUCCUCCUACGCCUACUUUGUGCAGACCUGCAGGGAGGAGCACAAGAAGAAGCAUCCCGAAGCUUCGGUCAACUUUUCCGAGUUCUCCAAGAAGUGCUCUGAGAGAUGGAAGACCAUGUCCGCCAAGGAGAAGGGCAAGUUCGAGGACUUGGCCAAGCUGGACAAGGUGCGCUACGAGCGCGAGAUGGUCAACUACGCCCCCGCCGGCAGAGGCGGCAAGCAGAAGAAGUUCAAGGACCCCAACGCCCCCAAGAGGCCCCCCUCGGCCUUCUUCGUCUUCUGCGCCGAGUUCCGCCCCAAGGUGAAGAGCGAGAGUCCCGGCCUGACCAUCGGGGACGUGGCCAAGAAGCUGGGCGAGAUGUGGAACGGCACCGCCUCCGAGGACAAGCAGCCCUACGAGAAGAAGGCGGCCAAGCUGAAGGAGAAGUACAAGAAGGACGUGGCGGCGUAUCGCUCCAAGGGCAAGGCGGGCAGCGCUCCGGCCAAAGCGCCGGCCAAGGCGGAGAAGAAGGACGACGACGACGACGAUGACGACGACGAGGAGGACGAAGACGAGGACGAGGACGACGACGACGACGAGUAGCGAGGCUUCACGACCCUGUCCGUGCACACGCCCGACCUCCUGGAAGAAGGAAGUGUCAGAGGGGCGAAGAAGGAAUAUCACUUGUUUUUAUGCUGUACAGUUUGUUUGUAAAGUUAACACCACCCUUCAUGUCCUCCACCCACCCUGCCCUAGGACUUAAUGUCCUCCAUCUACCCUGCCCUAGGCCUUCAUGUCCUCCAUCUACCCUGCCCUAGGCCUUCAUGUCCUCCAUCUACCCUGCCCUAGGCCUUCAUGUCCUCCAUCUACCCUGCCCUAGGCCUUCAUGUCCUCCAUCUACCCUGCCCUAGGCCUUCAUGUCCUCCACCCACCCUGCCAUGUCCUCCACCCACCCUGCCCUGUCCUCCACCUACCCCGCCCUAGGGCUUACAGUACUUAGCCUAGCUCCAUGUGCACAGCGCUUAAAACAAAAAAACAACAAAAAAGGAUCUUGAGUGUUUUUUUCUUUGUCUUUUUCAUUUCCUCGUUCUCUGACAAUUGACGUAUCAGUUGUGCUGAUCUUUAUGUACCACUGUAAUAGCAAAGUCUGCUUUAUUGUUCAAAUUUAAAUUGCUUCUGAUGUCAAUAAACAUUUUUUUAAUAA